GUAAAUGCUACGCGACGAAUUCCUUUUAGUUAACAAGAAAGCGAAAAAAAAAUUGCGGUCAUCCGGCUCAGCGAUUCAUCGGUUUCUUGCGGACCUUGAAAAAAUUUAAUUGGUUCCUCCAUGUGAAUCCUUCCCUGAUUUUCGCAGUUUCUGUUCAAAUUUCAGGUUUUGUCCAAACCGGAAGACUUGCAAAAUUAAAGUUAGCAAGGCGGUGACAUCUGGCUGCUCCCCCACCUGACUCAUUGAAUGAGGGUUUAGCAUCAAUUAGCAAUUGUUUUGGUUCAGUUCUAUGCAAUAAUAAAAGCAGUCGGAACCGGUUGGAUACACAUUCACAUAAAUCUGCAGGUAAACGGUGACGAGCUGGCGCAGGUUGUGGGUUGUUCGUGGAUAAUGCGAGACAGUGGCGGUAGCCUGGCCCAGAACCGCUGGCAAGGAGACCUGAGUCUAACCGCUGUGGGCCAGGAUGACACAGGAGGAGGUGGGAUCCCUGGAGAGCACCUCAUAGUCCCAGUGUCCGGCCACAGCAUCUCCAGCCCUAUGCACCUCCGACUGGGGCAGAAAGAGAAGGUGUGGAGAGGCGAGUAUGUAGAGGAGGAGGAGGAGGAGGAAGAGGAGGAGGAAGACGGGAUGGGCAGGAUUGAGACAAUAGGUGAUGAGGAAGAUGAAGAUCUGGAUGGGGAGGAUGACGGUGAAGGUUGGGAUAAUAAUGAUGAAGAAGAAGACGAGGUGGAAAGAGACGGAUACCAAGCAGAGGUGGAGUGGGAGGUUCCAGACUUUCCUUUACAGUCUGCGCAGCACCCUCUUUCACAACAAUUCCAACUUCAUGGACCCCCACAGAAGGCGGCAGAUAAUGGCGAUAUCACCGUAGAGGACUCUUCUCUCCAGGCCGCUGUAGGGGAUUCAUUCAGGUCCCUCCACAGCAGGCACAGGGCUUUCCGAAGGGUCAGGACCUGGCGGCGUCUGCGAUCUCACGGAGGGUUCGGAGUUCGGCUCACCCUGCACUGGAAGAGCUGGAGACAGAGGGCCCAGUGGUCAUGCUCCAGAGAGUAUCGGUCGAGCAGAAGAGCACUAAGGUUCAAUCUGUACAGCAAAAAGAGAAGGAUGAAACGGUAUCUGCAGUCAGCGUACACGAAUGGAGAUGAUGAUAGCAACAACGGAGACUUCACAGAGUCUGAAAAAGAUAAGCGUAUAAUUGGCUACUCUCAAGGCAGGCAGGAGGAGAGAGGGAGACACGAAGUGGAAGAUAAACCAGUGGAGCUGGCCCUCACUGAGGAACACAUGAGCUGUGUGACUGGAAUCCUUGAAGAGUCUUUACAACAGUAUGGUAGUCUGAUCCCCAUCCAUGUGGACGACAUCGUUGAGAAGCUGCAGGACAUGUUUAAUGAGACAUUCUCACAGCCACACAGGAAAGCAGUGGUCCAGCACCUAAUACAGUCCUUUCAGCGUUCAUCAGGAUCAGCCCUGGCUAAAAGUUUCAGAGUCAACUACAAACGUCAUGUUCUGACAAUGGAUGACCUGGGAACGCUAUAUGGACAGAACUGGCUCAAUGACCAGGUUAUGAACAUGUAUGGUGACCUGGUCAUGGACUCUGUGCCAGAGAAGGUUCACUUUUUCAACAGCUUCUUCUAUGAUAAGCUAAGGACAAAAGGCUAUGAAGGAGUGAAACGAUGGACAAAAAAUGUCGAUAUCUUUCAGAAGGAUCUGUUGUUGAUUCCAAUACACCUGGAGGUGCACUGGUCACUGGUCAGUGUAGACAUCUCUCGUCGAGCAAUCACUUACUUCGACUCUCAGCGGACCCUCAACAGACGCUGCCCAAAGCACAUCUUUAAGUAUCUCCAAGCAGAGGCAAUCAAAAAAGAACAACAGGAGUUUCUGACUGGAUGGAAAGGAUUCUUCAAGAUGAAUGUUGGCCGUCAAAACAACGACAGUGACUGUGGGGCUUUUGUGCUUCAGUACUGUAAGUGUCUGGCCCUGGGGCAGCCGUUCAACUUCGGUCAGCAGGACAUGCCCCGGCUGAGGAGGCAAAUGUACAAAGAACUGUGUCAUUGCAAGCUCAUUCUGUGACCCAGCACACACCCCCCCAUCUGCUCCACCCAAUCCCACCCAGAUUGAGGGACAAUAAUAAAACAACAAAUGGAAGCGGAAGAGGAGGAGGAGUGGAAAAUAUGAUUGACUGGAAAAGGACUCUCCAUUUUAAAAAAAAAAAAAAAAAAAAGUUUUUCUCUGCCAACAUCUAGAGAAAGUGCUUCUUAAACUGGUGUUCCCCCGUAGAUGAGUCAUCGUUUCGCUUCGUUUGAUCUCUCUUUGCUUCCCUCCCUUGCCUUAUGACAACUCUGAUUUAAUUUCUUUGUCAUGGUUAUUCCUUGUUUGGUUGACAGAGGCCAAGACUAGCUUUUAUUUUGGAAAUGUGCUAAUUUUUCAUUCUAUUGUAACCGACUUGUAUUUAUCCUUCUGAGAGGGAGCAUGAAGGUAAUGAAACCUCUGCAGAGGUGCUGCAUUUAUUUCAUCAUUCUGGCCACUGUUUUCAUCUGAAUGCUCUAUCGUUCAUUCGUUUGUUUUUCAAAAUAAAACAAAACUGGCAAAACAAAAAUUUACUUUUUAAAUACCAAAAAGUAAACAAUGGACAAUGGCUUUUUUUUUUUUUUUUUUAACCACUUUUUUAUUUUACCAGUCAUUGGACACAUAUGAUGUUACAUGAAAGACCCUCAAUAUUACCCAGUCCCUCAGAAAUUCCAUUCAUAUGUAACUAAAGUCAAGUUUCUUUUUUUUUUUUUUUAAUGCUGCCAGUUAAUGGUAUUUUCUCAGCCUUAAAUGAUUCACAACUACCUAAUAUAAAGUUGAAACAUGUUAUUUGUUACUAUUCAACUGUAUCGGGUUACUAAAUAUGCUUAUGUACCUUAAAGUAGUUGUCUGGCGCAAAAA